AUGUCAAAGCAGAGUAGGAAAGAGGGGACUGUGGGCGGGCGCCAGUAUUUGUUGUAUUCCCUGCUAGCAGGUACGUUCGGUGCCCUCUCGGCAGUUGUUGGAAAGCUUGCGUUUGCGCACGAUAACAGCGGCAGUGCCACGUCUCUUUCUGGAGUUGUGAGUUUUUUUUUUGCGUUGGUAGGUAUCGACGCCAGGAGUAAUUCGUUGGCUGCUGCGUUGGUUCUUGGGCUCCGCGCCGUAUCACUGGCGGCGAAUGGCUACUGCACUGCACAGAUGUGGAGGUGGUAUGUGAGGGCGCUGUCUUGCGGACCUACACCCGUUUGUCAAGUUGUUAACACCGGAGCCAACUUUGGGGUGAGCGCCAUCCUCGGUUUUUUUGUGUUUCAUGAAGUGGUGACAAUCACGUGGUUGGCGGGAGCGCUUCUUGUGGUGGUAGGACUUAUGUUAGUCGUUUCGGACACCGAUGUUUCCCAUGAGUAG